AUGACCAGUGUCGUGGACGACUAUCUCGAGACUCAAUCGACGGACAAUGAUGAUCUGUACCCAUGCAAAGGCUGCGGGGAGAUUCUCGAGGAGGGGAAGGCCUUUGAACUUGCUGGCCAACGAUGGCACCUCGACUGUUUCCGCUGUCAUACCUGCGGCACGCUCCUCGACUCGGACGCCAACCUCUUGCUCCUUGGCGAUGGCUCCCUGAUCUGCAACAACUGCACAUACAGCUGCAGUGCUUGCAACAACAAGAUCGAAGACCUCGCUAUUCUGACGGGCGACCAGGCCUUCUGCUCGACUUGCUUCCGAUGCCGCAACUGCAGGCGCAAGAUCGAAAACCUACGAUAUGCGCGUACCACCCAAGGCAUCUUCUGCAUGAGCUGUCACGAGACGCUCAUGACGCGGCGGAAAAAACGGUCCAAAGCCGCGGCGGCCGCCAAGGGGCGAGACAAAGACCACUCGUCUAUGGUGACGGAGAAGUCCUUGCCUGCUUUGCCGCCCAAUGUGAUACCCAACAAUGCCUUCUCGAACGACCGGGUUGACCCCGACUCUGACACGCCGACCGAGCUCUCGGCGCCCCCGCGGCAGGGGAACAAGCAGUCAGAAUCGUCUUCCAGGAGUGGCUCCAGGCCGACCGCACCAUCGCCUGACCAUGGCGCCAAGCCGGAAGGGCUGGGGGCCUCCUCUCUUCCAUACCGCGGCAACCGUAGCUCGACUAUGAUGAGCAGCGAAACGAACGGGGAGGACGGCUUCCUCAUCCCCGUUGGGCUUGACCCAAGCCCUGUCCCUGCUUCAAACUCGAACACACGUGGCUCAGGACACGCGACCGACAAGAAGAAGGACUACUUCAGCGUUCCCAAAUCUUCCUUCUCGUCUGAGAAGCGCACUGAAUCACAGGGUUCUACACCCCAUAUUGCUUUCCAGGACAAGGGCCGGCAACAGUCAUCAGACUACAGCAACUCGCAGGCCGGGUCGCUGACACGGAAUCUUUCCAAACAGUCAAAGCAAGAGGAAGCAUCGCCCAAAUUGCCCCCGAGGAGAAGGCAAGGCACCGGCGACUUCAAGCUGCAGGAUGCUCCUAAUACGCGCAAGGCGACUUCAGACAAUGGCAGCAGCACCUCCUCCGAUUACAGCUCUACGCCGCAGCUGGAUUCUCGCAAGAACAGCGAGAAUGUUCCCCCGCGGCGAUCGCAGGAUACGAGAAAGCCUGAAACAGCAGAUGGCCGCCCGUCUCUGGACUCUGUCUCAAAAGCGCCGUCUCAGCCGGAAACCAAUCGCGCAAUCGCGAGAAAGGAGGUGCCCUCCGCACCCAAGCCUGCUCCCGCCAAGUCGGCAGACGAUGUCAACCGCCAAAAAAGGCCGCAAGUGGCGGGACGCAGUGGUAAAGACAGCUACACGACCCCCCGAACCGCGCCCGUACCUCCCCAGGCUGGACAAGACAAUGCCGAGCCCAAGACAUCCCCCAAGCUGCCUCGAUGGAGCAGCGGCGGCGACUUCAGUAUGGAUGAAGAUAUGGCUAGGAUCCUAGGUACCGACGAAGGUUCAUCAUCCAUGAUGAGGCGCGCGUCAAACUUGAGAACCAUGUCCAUUGAUGAGCGCAAUGGGAAGGUGUCUGAUUUCGCUAGUCCGACUUCCCUGUCGCCAGGUGAUGAUCCUGCUAUCCUCAAGCGUCAGCUCAGGUCUUCCGAACUCCGCGUAGCUGAGCUGGAAAGGCGAUUCUCCACCGAAGCGGAUCUGCAAAACGCGAGCAAGAAGCUUAUGGAGAAGAAGAAGAUGGUGUCCGAGCUGGACACGCAAAGCGAGAUUAUGAUUCGCCAACUCGAGGUCCUCACCGGGUACGUCGAGAAGGCCAGGGAGACCAAGACGCCGGUCGAUGCCCGCAUACUCGAGGAUUCGACCGUCAAAGACUUUGUACAAAAGCUCGAACGUGUCAAGAACGACAUGUCGGAGAGCAUUGAGCAAUUGCUCAAGGAGCGCGACCUCCUGGUGGAAGAAAAGCUGAGGGCCACUGCGGAGCGCGACCGGGCUCUGAUGGAGUUUGAGCAACUGUCCAACAAGAAUGCCCAGCUCGCGGACAUGAAUAAUGAUCUUACGCGAGAGCUUCAGGGACGGAUGAAGAACAGUUCCAUGGACAGUAAGGCACUCAAUGGCCUGGGCAUCUACGGCGAUCCCAAGGCUGCAUCCUCCUCUGUCAAUCUGGACAAUGCCAGCCUGUCUACAGGCCCAACCCUCCUCGCCGAUGAAGAACCCAUCGUCGAGACGGGACCAACCGUCGUCCAGGUGCGCAAGGGUCAAGUCAAGAAGUUCAACUGGAAGAAGGGCUCCAAGGGCCUCGCCCAAAACGUGGCGAAGGGUGUCAGGGGCGCUGUCGUGGCCUUCCAGCAGAACGACCGAGGGGAGCGUAUUCCAACCACAAUGGCCGGCGGCGACAUUGGCAUGCCGUACAACGCAACGGUUGCAACCGUGGAGUCACCGCCCGUCACCACUCCAAAUGGGGCAACCAACCCCCCUGCCACCAGCAACCACCACCACCACCACCACCAGAGACAGCAAGAUCAGGGGCGCCAGGGCUUCGGGUUCUUCAGCAAGAAGAACAAUGUGCCCAAGUCGCAGUCGUCCAGCGCCGUGUCCACGCCAAUUCCUGUACCCGAUGCGUCCACCACUCUCUUUGGCUCUGACCUGAGCGAGCGGGCCGAUUUUGAACGCCGACAGAUCCCCAGCGUCGUGACCCGCUGUAUCGAAGAGGUCGAGCUCAGGGGUAUGGAUCAGGAAGGCAUCUACCGCAAGACAGGCGGCAACUCGCAGGUCAACAUGAUCAAGGACGGCUUCGACAAGGACGAGAGCUUUGACAUUUCCGACCCCGACUUGGACAUCACAGCCGUCACGAGUGUCUUGAAGCAGUACUUCCGCAAGCUCCCGGUGCCCUUGCUGACGUAUGAUGUGUAUGACCGGGUUCUGGAGUCGACGAGCAUCGUUGACGAGUCGGAGCGAUGCGACCAUCUGCGCAAGACGUUUGCGUCGCUACCGCAGAGCCACAGGGACUGUCUGGAGUUCCUCAUGUUCCACCUCGAUCGCGUCGCCCAGCGGCAAAACGAGAAUCUCAUGACGCCCAAGAAUUUGGCCGUCGUUUUCGCCCCUACCAUCAUGUUCGACCGCAGCAUCGAGCGUGAGAUGACGGACAUGCACGCCAAGAACCUGGCAGUGCAGUUUGUCCUCGAGAACAGCCGCACUAUUUUUACAGAGGCUUGA